AUGACAUCCAAAGACUCAACAAUUCUCGUCGUAGGCUCGGGCGUCUUCGGCCUCUCUCUCGCCUACGAACUCACCACCAACCGCGGCUACACUUCUGUCACCAUACUAGACCGCUUCCUCCCGCCCGUCCCAGAUGGCAGCUCCGUCGACGUCUCGCGCAUCAUCCGCACAGAGUACAUCGACCCGCACUACGCCGCCCUGGCCACGGACGCCCUACGCGGUUGGCAGACGUCGGAGCUCUUCGGCCCUCACUACCACGAGUCGGGCUUCGUCAUGAUGGCCGACGAGCGGGAGGGGCCGAGCGCCUACUUUGACAAAUUCCGCAACUGGGAGAGCGGCGGCCGGCCGGCAAAGGAAUUUUUUCCGCCGCCGCACGCCGAUCAGGAGGUCAAGAGGCGCUACAAGGGCGUGCAGGCCGACCUGGGCGUCUUCACAGCCACGCAUAACACCUCGGGCGGGUGGGCUGAUGCGGCGGGCGCGAUUAGAGCGCUCGCGGGGCGGUGUACGCUCGCGGGCGUGUCGUUCGUCACGGGCCGUCACGGGACCGUGGUCUCCCUUGAGCGGUCCGGCAAGAAGGUGACGGGCGUGCGGACGGCGGCGGGGAUGACCAUGUCGGCGGACAAGGUCGUUCUCGCGACCGGCGCGUGGACGAACCGGAUCGUGCCCGGGAUGGGACACGCCAUGUCGGCAUCGGGUCAGCCGGUGGGCUUUAUCCGGCUUACGGACGAGGAGGCGGAUCGGGUGAGAGAUAUGCCCGUCAUGAUUAACAUGGACACGGGUGUGUUUUGCUUCCCGCCGACGCCCGGGACGAACCUGCUGAAGCUCGCGAGGCACGGUUGGGGGUUCGCGACUGAGGUCGAGGUCGAGGAGGGCGGAGCCGGGCGGAGGACGAUUUCGACGCCGAAGCUGAAGGAGAGCAAUGCCGCGUCUGGGUAUUUACCGCAGGACGCGGACGAUGGUUUGAGGGAGGGCGUGAGGUUGUUCUUCCCCGAGUUUGCUGAGAGGGAGUGGUGCUACCGGAGGAUGUGCUGGUAUACCGACACGCCUGAGGGAGACUUUAUCGCCGACUAUCACCCGGACUUGGAGGGCUUGUUCUUCGCGACUGGUGGCGCUGGACAUGCUUUCAAGUUCCUUCCUGCCAUUGGCCCGCAGGUCGCUGAUAGCUUCGAGCGCAAGCCGUCUACGACGUUGCGGGAGAAGUGGAGGUUGAGACGACCCACGAGCAGUGAGGAGCCGUUUGGGUUUUCGGGAGAUGGUAGUCGUGCUGGUCCGGUGCUGCGGAAGCUUUCGGUACAGGAGCAAUCGAAGUUGUGA